GGUGGCGCAAGCUGCCACAUAUACACCAUUAACCAUCGGUUCAGCCAUCUAUCCACCCACAGCCUUCACCCACUUAUCGUUCCUUUGUUCUGUUUGGCGCGUUACUUGCGGUGGUGACGAAUGACGGUUGGCGAGUUUACCGAGUUGACGAGCCAAACGAAUGUCAGUAUUUUCGCGCCUAGCUGCUCGCGUGGCUUUAGCAGCGUUCGACAAUGCCGCCCGUGCGGUGUCUGGUCACCGUGCCUCACCUACAGGCUGCCAGGUCUUUCAAGCUCGAGGAUGGAUCGGUAAACUCUUUGAAACAUGCGGUGGCUACGUGCCCCGUUCUUGGGAACUCCAUCAAACUGUCUUCUGUCAGGUUUCAGAUGCUGGAUUUGGUAUUUGAAGAAUACACUGACCUUGCUGCGGACGACGAAAUACAUGACAUGGCUAAAAUCACUCUCCUGCCCAUUGUAACUGUCCCAGAGGGUGGGCCAGGCUCAUCUUCCACUCAGGAGGAGGCUUCAUUGGAGACGGUGCGCACUGAAAACUGUGAAACCGCCCAAAGAGAGAGCUUGCCAGAUGAAACUUCUCCAGAUGACUCCUCUCCAGAUGUACCAUUGGUAGGCAUCGAGCCCUUUGAGCUGCCUUCGUGUUCAGACGACGAUGGGAACACCUUCAUUUUCCCCAAGCUUGGAGCUCUCCAUGAUACGAUCAUCUCUGGCAAACCUCUGACAUCUUCAUCAUUCCGAAAGAUUGUGGAGCUCCUCUUUCGUGCAAUGGUGAAGAUAACAAUGUAAGUAAGGUGGUCUCAAAAUUCGGACUUAUUCCUAGCUUCAUCAUUUCCAGUUCCUUUCAUGGGUGACUUCUUUGUGGGCACCGGUCAACCUUUGUCUUGCUGUAUCUUUCUGUAUCCAGCUAAACCUAUGUCUUAAAUCACAGUAUCGAAGCAGGUGAAACUGAUUUUUGCAAUAUAUUUGAAGUGGGUUUAAUCCCUCUAACCCUCCUUGUAUACAAAAAAAAAAAAAGUAAUUCGGAAAAAAAGCUAGGUUGCUUCUUUCUGGUCCUUAUCUUGCCAAAUUUUGUGCAGUGGUAAACAUAGUAGAUUGAUGGCUUAUUUGCGUUGUUUCACAAGUGCAUCUUUGUGCUGAAUUUUAGGCUUCUUGGUCGAGACCGCUGCGCCAAAAAUGAAAUUAGUCAGUUCAGGCUAGAGAAAUGUUUGGUUAGUUAGGUCACUUCUUGUCAUUUGCUAGAAGCAAUCCAUGCCCUCGCUGUAUUUACAGGUGUAUGUGUUGCUGGUGUGUAAAAUUAAUGGAAGCUUUAAGUAACUUGCUCGUUUUCCUUCAAUAGGACAACAUGUCUCUUUGUCGAAAUUCAUAUUACAAGAAUUUGCUAAGCGGAAAAUGUGUAGAUAUUCCUUUUUUUUUUAAAUAUCUGAAAAUUUGGUGCGACUAGUUAUAAUCGAUUGGGGGUCAUUGGCAUGUUUAAAACAUUGAUGCACUGUGUACCAUCUGAACAAUACCUUGCAUCUUCCUCGCGUAGGCUCAGUCUGCAUACGGGACCUAUUGAUUCACAAUGUGGGUUAUAAUAUUAGAGAUUGUUGAGCCAUAAGAAUGGGC